GAGCCAAGGCUAAAGUCUCUGGUGGUUGCAACGGCGGGGGCGGCCGGCGGCACCCACGAACUUUCCCCAUCCUCAGCCCAAUUUCAAGACGCGCAUCUUGGAUGCCCUUUUGCGCCCGCCCCGAUCCUCAUCCCCUUGAGCCCCCCACGUCCUGCCACCCACGGAGAACCGGAUUCCACUCGCGGGAAGGCGGUGCGAAGAGACGCCUCUCCCCCACGCCUCCCACAGCUCCCCCGGUGACCGUCCUCACGUGGGCCACGAAGGGGGAAAAAAAAAAACCCGCCUGGAUCGAGCGCAGAUCAAACCUCCGCUGAUCGUCGCUUGAGUUCUUAGCUUGCGCUUAAGAAGAGGAAAGCGCAGCAGAGGAAAAGCGCCGCCGGCCGGCAGAGGAAAAGUUGCAGGUACGUUGAAGGAGAGCCAAGCUAUUAGAGGUUGUGCAAGGAAACCUGGUUUGUGUAAACCAACAUCAAGCCUCUGCAGCAUCUGGAUUGAGACCAGAGCUCCCGGGAUGCCUUUUUAUCUUCUCCUCCUCCUUCUCCAGCUCCCAGCAGUGUGGGGGGAAAGAAACCCCGAUGGAACAAAUGACGUGGAAACAGAAAUUAGAAGAAUAGAAUCAAAACUGAGAAACUUAGAAAUGCCUCAGCCAAGUAGGAGUGUCAUACGCGAAGAUCCCUUUAUAUAUCUCCAACAUCUGGAGUCAAUGUUGACGGAGACACAGUUCCAAGGACUUCACAAGAGGUUUGGGAGAUCAAAGAUAUUUGCCAAUGUGCACAAAAUUGUACCCGAGACGCUUAAAAAAAAUCUGUCCAUUGAGGAAAUUGUGCAGGAUGUUGAAAUCAACCAGUUCCAAGUGACUCUGUCAAAAACAGUCUUAGCAAAAGCCAAAGGUGCCAAAGUCAACCAGGAGGGAAGAGUUGUGAUGUUGGCAGCGACCAGCCCGGUGCUCUUCCAGGAUAAUGAUUCCCACCCGAUCCUUGGUGGAAAAGUGAUUGGCAUCUCAGUGGGGAACACAACCGUCCAUGGGUUGCUCCCGAAAGAGCGAAUAUCAAUAACUUUUUGGCACAACCAGAGGAAUUUUACUCCCUGGUGUGUCUUCUGGGUUAUGGGCGCCAAGCCUGGUGACAUCGGCAAGUGGAAUACAUCAGGCUGUGAAGUGAAGCAUAGAGGUAACCAAACAACCUGCCUUUGUGACCAUCUCACCUUCUUUGCGGUGCUCAUGCUCCCCUCCUCAGACAUAGACAAGGUCCACCAGGAAUACCUGAACAUUGUCAGUUAUGUUGGUUGCAUCAUUUCAGCUCUGGCUUCAUUCAUCACCAUUGUCUUCCUUUGCUUGAGGAAAAAGCAGAGAGACCACAUCGUCUAUGUCCACAUGAAUCUCCUCUGGGCCAUCUUUCUUCUUGACAUGAGCUUCCUCAUUGCGGUGUACGUGGCUCUUGAGGGAGGAGACAUAGCUUGCAAAGCUAGUGGGAUGCUCCUACACUUUGCCAUGCUUGCGUGCUUGACCUGGAUGGGCAUUGAGGGCUACAAUCUCUAUCGGCUGGUGAUCCAAGUCUUCAACUCCUACAUGAAAUGCUUACUUGUCAAGCUGUCCUUAAUCGGUUGGGGUCUUCCUACACUCAUCAUAUGCCUAAUUUUUGGGAUUGAUCAGUCCUACUAUGGGCUUUCCUCUUUUAAGGUCUAUGAGUCUCCUGGUAAUUACACCAUUUCAGCCAUCUGUUGGAUUACCAAAAUGGAGAUCAACAGUUUCCUGAAUUUGGGUUAUUUAAGCCUGGUGUUCUUGUUCAACAGCAUCAUGCUGACCAUCAUGGUGUAUGAGAUUCUCAGGCUGAAACAUCAAAAGCGUCACUGGGGAUAUGUGGUGAUGCUCCUGGGCCUGAGCUGUGUCCUGGGCAUCCCGUGGGGGCUGGUCUUCUUUGCAAUUGCUUCUGAGACCUUCAAGCUGGUGGCCGUGUAUCUUUUCACUAUCAUCAACUGUCUCCAAGGCUUCUUCAUCUUCCUUUGGUACUUGGCCAAAGUGUGGCAGUCUCGCAGGUCGAAUUCCAUGCAGUGCACGUCUUCCAACAGCCUGAAACUCCAGUCCAGCAACUCUAGCAUAUGACCUUGUCCUGGCCAGGGGGACUUUGGAUAUGAAAUGUUCAUAGGAGGAUCUUCCUGGAAACUCAGCCAAACAAUUCUUUGGUGGACUUGGGUGACUUCAUACCUCUGAGUAGCUUCGGGAUGACACUGAUCUGUUUUCCUUCAAUAUAGAAAAUCUUGACUUACAAUAGUUUGUUUAGUGACUUUCAAACUUACAACGGCACUGAAAAAAGUGACUUAAAUGACUGUUUUUCACACUUAUAACCAUUGCGACAUCCUCAUGGACAUGUGAUCAAAAUUCAGACACUUGACAACUGAGACAUAUUUUUGUGACCUUCUGAUUAGCAAAGUCAACGGGAAAACCAGAUUCACUUAAGAACUGUGUAACUAACUUAACAACUGCAGUGGUUCUACUUAUCAGCUGUGGCAAGAAAGGUUGUAAAAUGGGGAAAAACUCAUUUAACAAAUAUCUCUCUUAGCAACAGAAAUGUUGGGCUCAAUUGUGUUCAUAAGUCAAGAACUACCUGUAUUGGUAUGACUCUUCUUUCUAAUGUAAAUAUAUUUUUAAAAUUUCUAUGGUGUGAAAAGUUGAUGAGAGUACAUUGAAAUUUAAAGCACGUGUAUUAAAGACAUUUUUUUAUUAGUG